UAAUGUCGCCGUCGCGAGCCUGCGUUUGGUGGAAAACAAAGGCCAGUCUGUAAAUUGAUCGCAGGUCUCGUGUAGUUGAGUGCGAGUGGAAGCUGCCAGUCGCCUCCUGCUCGACGCGCUGUGCAGCAGCGGGGCUCCAGUUGGCUGCGCGCGCUCAGACGCACAGACGCGAGCAUCCAAGUGAGUGGAGUUGGAGCGCAGUCCGCUUCGCCUGCACCUCUGCGCGGAUCCACAGCCUUUGUCUCCCGGCGGCGAGGAGACCACCCGCACGAGGAGGGACGGAGCCCGGAGGCGUGUGGUUCUGAGGACCAGGACGAGCCGGACCGCCGGGACCGGACACUUCUGGAGGGGGAAUAAUUGCUGGAUUUGUUCUGAACAGCGGAACCAACUGGCCGCGUUUUCAAUGGAUUUCAAUACAGUGGAAGUACCCUGGGAAUUAAAGUAGUGAGAAGUCGCUUCAGCGGUACCGUUCUUUCUGACACGGCUUGUGCUUCACAAGGAGAGGACGACGAUGCGUUUCGCAGUGCUGUGCGUCAUCCUGCCUCUUUUAGAUGUGCUGUGCUCCGCCGAGGAGAACCUGCGCGCCGGGGCCGCCCGCCUGGACUGCGUCCGCGCCAGCGAGCAGUGCCUGAAGGAGCAGGCGUGCAGCUCCAAGUACCGCACGAUGAGGCAGUGCGUGGCCGGCGGCAGGGAGAGCAACUUCAGCCUGGUGGCGGGCCAGGACGCCCGGGACGAGUGCCGGAGCGCCGUGGACGCGCUGAAGCAGAGCCCGCUGUACAACUGCCGCUGCAAGCGGGGCAUGAAGAAGGAGAAGUACUGCCUGCGCAUCUACUGGGGCAUCUACCAGUCCCUGCAGGGCAAUGACUUCUUGGAGGACUCUCCGUACGAGCCCGUCAACAGCCGCCUGUCGGACAUUUUCCGCCUGGCUCCCAUCAUAGAGGGUGGGGAACCGUGGAGCAGCUCCGCCACCUUGGCUCCGGGCAGGGGGGGCGCCCAGGGCAGAGAGCCUGCUCUGGGCAGAGGCAGCCCCUCCUCCACAGAACUGCAGGAUCCCAGUAGAAACAGGAGAGCUCAUCCCAAUUGGGCCAUUCUGGGCGAGCCGGCGGUGGCCAGAGAGAACAACUGCCUGAACGCCGCCAAGGCCUGCAACCUGAACGACACGUGCAAGAAGUACCGCUCGGCCUACAUCAGCCCCUGCACCAGCCGCGUGUCCACCGCCGAGGUCUGCAACAAGAGGAAGUGCCACAAGGCGCUGCGGCAGUUCUUCGACAAGGUCCCCCCCAAGCACAGCUACGGCAUGCUCUUCUGCUCGUGUCCGCUCUACGACCAGACGGCCUGCUCCGAGCGCCGGCGCCAGACCAUCGUCCCCGUGUGCUCCUACGAGGAGAAGCAGAGGCCCAACUGCCUGGAGCUGCAGGCCGCCUGCAGGUCCAACUACAUCUGCAGGUCACGACUGGCUGAUUUCUUUGUCAACUGCCAGCCGGAGCCCCGCUCGCUGUCAGGCUGCCUGAAGGAGAACUACGCAGACUGCCUUCUCGCCUACUCGGGUCUGAUCGGUACGGUGAUGACUCCCAACUACCUGCGCUCGCCCCGGAUCAGCGUGUCGCCCUACUGCGACUGCAGCAACAGCGGCAACAACAAGGACGAGUGCGACAAGUUCAGCGAGGUUUUCACCGAGAACACCUGCCUGCGCAACGCCAUCCAGGCCUUCGGGAACGGGACGGACGUGGGAGUGUGGCAGCCCAUGUCCCCGGUGCAGACCACCACCUCCACCACCACCCCGUACCAGAGGGGCCGCGAACGGAAGCCCAACACCAUCGACAACCACAUCAACCCGGACCCCGGCAUCUACCAGUUCUGUGGCGGCCUGCAGGCUCAGAAGCUGAAGUCGAACUCCACCGUUGACGGUGUGUUUUGUGUGGACCCUCAGAUCGUGGGGCCCAGCACGUCCAACGCCAUGAAGAACGGAGGCGGGUCCAGACGGCCCGCGGGCCCGGCCCGGCUGCUGCCGUGGCUGUGGAGCAGCAGCGCGCUGGCUCUGACCUCGCUGGGACGCUUGUAGCCUCCAUCACCUGGACGGACACUUGUAUGAGAACACAACACAUGAAGCUCUGUCCCACCUGCUGUUCCCUCCCUCUCAUUUCUGUCUCUUCUGCGUUGACUUUUUCCUUUGAUUUGAUCUCGGUUCCGCGCUUCGUUUCAAUCGGUUCGCUGCGUUUUCCUGCGUUGGGUAGAAAACGGAAGCUUCACGUGUGGAGGACGACAUUCCAACACAUCAGCUGGUGACUCACCUCCCUGCGUGCGUGUGCGCGUGUGUGUGUGUGUGUGUGUGUGUGCGCGGUCCGUUCAGUAACAGCUCUUUUCUCUCACGGUUCAAGCUUCGUUCGCUGUGUCGUCUCUGUGCUUUGUGUUGUUUUGAUAAUGACGUAUUUUACAUUUUUAUGACCUGAACCUCGACCCAAACUGUGUUGUAGCUGGUGCUGAACACACGUCGCCGUUGGCAGAAGCACACGGGCAGAGACCCACAAACACAGCGCACACGUCCAGACAGAGCCAGGCUCCGCUGCUGUGGUUCCACCCGUUAGUGACUGUACAUAGUCCGAGCCGUGUUCAGUAUUUGUCCUCGAUGACAGAAGCUGCUGCAGUUUAACCUCAACUGUGUUUUCGUUUUGACGUAUUUUGCUGCACUGCAUCCACUGAAGUCGCCGCUUCCAACAUCAACAUCAGCUUCAGCGUCCGGUUCUGUCGCUUCUGUGGGACUUCCCGGGAAUCGAGGACCGCCAGCUGCACCUGUCGAGCUUUGUCCUCCAGUGUUCAGCUCAGACCACUCCUAGUCGCCAUAGCAACCCACAUCUUUGACCUCGUUUUGUGAUUUUAAACUUAUAUACUUAAUUGUUGUGAAUCGUUCCAGCUAAUCUUAGAACCUGUACUAGAACUUCAGCUUGAGUAAAGACUACAAAGUAAUUCUUUAGUUUUCAACCGGCCGGCACGUUCACAGUAAGAAGCUGUGAAGAGACUACAAAGCUCGACAGAUGCUGUGACCAACGGGAAACUGGCCACGCUUCAGUUCGAUCUUUCCUUCAGUUUGUGUCGUGUUUUUUCGUGUACCGGAUGUGGGUGAAGCAUUGUGAGCGUCCGCUGGAAACGCGGGACCUUCUCAGAUGAAGGCAGGGGCUCCGACACGUCCCAGCGCUCUGAUAUUUACAGUACAUACAUCAACCGUGGCAUGUUGAGCAAAUGACUGGAGGCGUGUGGUGGCUGACGACGUUUACGACGCUGCUCGGGUUCUGUAGCUUCUCCAGACAUGAAUAAUGUAUAGUAGAGCGUAAACGUUAUUUACAAGCAUAAACAUGGUAAAUGCACUCUAUGUACUUGGCUGACACUAAGAACUGGACAAAUAAAUGUCUGAUGAUAUUCUAUUUCAGAGCAUUGUGACCUAUUUUGACAUUCAGAUACAUAUAAAGUCCAGUGAACGAGCAGAAUAUUGUUUUUAUAACGACGUGUAUGUAUAUUUCUCCCACCUAUAUUACUGCAUCAGAGAACGAGGAUGUCGCUGUUUCUCCUACUCUAGACUGUUUCCUCAGCUCAUUGUUUUGUACCAUAGCCCCAUUUCUGGCACUGCUUAAAUCAAAUGUUGAUUUUUUUGGCUAAGAUUUCAAUUUAUUUUUCUAUCUACAUGUUUUGCUGUUUGGAUGAAGUGAAGUGAAGUGAAGGAGCUGCUCCGGUCUCAGUAGCUCUGAGCCGCUUCUAAUCAUUGGGUUUGUUUUACUGCUGGAAGAGUGAAGAAGCAGGAGCUGAACCAGGAAGGAGGCGGAAACGUGUUCACGAGGGUUUAAGUGUGCGAUAGCUGGACAGAGGCAGAGUUGUGUGUUUGCUCAUGUUAUAGUCUGAUCCCAGCGUCAUAUCGUCACAGACCCUAAACAUGAGAUCAGCGCUGGGUGACCUCCUCCUGAGGUGGAUCCACCCUCAUCUGUUGUUUUAAAGCGCAGACUCCCUCGUCUUUCUGGCAUCAUUAACCUUUGGCUUGUGAAAAUGUAAAAUCUAUUGUAUACAAGAUGAUUAAAAGCGUUAAAGACCCA